AUGAACGACGUUUUUCUCAAUUCUGUCCACACAGUGCCUGCGAUCCGGGUCAAAUCCUCCUCCUCCUCUGGCCCCUCGACCUCGACCAAACCCGGCCGCGCUUCUUCCAUCAAGAAGCAACCACCACCGACGCCCUUGAAUGCAGCCUUUGACUCGAUAUCUCGUGCCAUCAAGGGCGCCAAUAAUCUUGUCCUGUCUCUCCGUGAUGGAUUAUCCGAGUUGGAACGGGAAAACAGGAGGAAAAAGGAGGAGCGCAGGCUUGUGCUCUCCAUCCACAUGAAAAAUGCGGAAAGCAGGAAACAAUGGCAGGAUGCUGCAGAAGAGCUCGACAUCCUCGAGGAAAACGACUUGUGGAAACUCGAUCCAUAUUCGGGAGAUUACAACCCAGCCCUGAUCGAGGCGCGACUAAAAGAACUCGACGAUGCGCGAACCAACUGCGAUACUCGUGCCAUGAUGCACCUUGUUCGAACUGCUCUAUGCAGAGACCUCGGCGGUAUGGGGAACGUCGAUCUGUACAGGCACUCCUACGUAGGCACCAAGAGCCUCAUCGAACGAUAUGUCGACUCGGCCAUGCAGACGAUCGAUGCCCUAGUGGAAAAGAGCCAGUUUGCGUUGCCCGAAGGCAUGGGACAGAGAGACAUUCUUGAGAGCGUCCUGUACGCCCGCCAGAGCUUUGGUCGAAGUGCGCUGCUCUUGAGUGGAGGCGGGACUCUGGGUAUGUCCCAUAUUGGCGUCCUGAAGGCACUCUUCGAAGUCAAAUUGCUGCCGCGCAUCAUAUCAGGUGCCUCAGCAGGCUCCAUCGUUUCGGCUGUCAUCUGCACGAGGACCGAUGAAGAAAUUCCUCGGCUCGUGAAGGAAUUUCCGUAUGGCGACCUGGCCGUCUUUGACGCCUCCGAGAACCCCGACGGCGUCUUUGACCACAUGCGGAGGCUACUCACAGAGGGAAGCUGGUCCGAUAUAAAACACUUGACCCGCGUGAUGCGUGGUUUGGUCGGAGAUCUUACCUUUCAGGAGGCGUACAAUCGAACGCGGCGCGUCCUAAACAUUUGUGUCUCAACCGAGUCCAUGUACGAGUUGCCGCGUCUGCUAAACUACAUCACGGCACCCAAUGUCAUGAUCUGGUCUGCUGUAGCUGCAUCAUGCUCCGUACCCCUAGUCUUCAGCGCUGCUCCGCUGCUCGUAAAGGACCCCGAUACCGGCGAGCACAUGCCCUGGAACCCCACGCCACAGAGAUGGAUUGACGGGUCGGUGGACAACGAUUUGCCCAUGACCAGGCUUGCAGAGAUGUUCAACGUAAAUCACUUCAUCGUCUCUCAAGUGAACCCUCACGUCACCCCGUUUCUGGCUCGUGAUGAUCAGCUGGAUCCCGACGAUUUCGCGGCACGUCGGUCUAGUCUGUCACCCAGCAAACAAGAGCUUGAUUGGGUCUACGCCCUGACUGCUCUCGCCAAAGAUGAGGCGUUGCACCGUUUGCAUUUCCUUGCUGAAAUUGGUGUCUUUCCGAAUCUCGUUACUAAGCUUAGGAGCAUUCUCAGCCAGAAGUAUUCGGGCGACAUCAAUAUUCUCCCGGAAGUCAAUGUGCAUGACAUUCCGAAAAUCCUCAGCAAUCCGAGCCCCGAGUUCAUGCUGCGAGCCUGUUUGAUGGGCGAGCGUGCUGCUUGGCCGAAACUGAGCCGGAUCCGCGAUCGUUGUGCCAUCGAGCUCGCGCUGGACAGGGCGGUCCAUCGCUUGCGAGCCCGUGUCGUGUUCUCGGACAGUCAGGUUGACUUGAGAAGGCUCACCACUGGCAUUGCUCUGCCGCCACCUUGGCCUAAAUCAAUUGCUCUUCCAAAGCAGAUGUCCUCGGUAGCUCCUGCUCUCACGCUAGACACCGAAGUCGUGAAGAACCGGCAGCGUAGAUGCUCCGGUAGCAGCGUGCAACUCAUGGCGCACCAUAGACGCCUGAUGGAGAACGUGCUUACAGACGAAGAGACGGAGGAGGAGGAACGUUUAGAGAUGCGGGCGAGGCAUGGCCACGGCAGCUCCUCGCCUGUCAUUGUUCGCAAACCACGUCUCAAGAGGGCGGCAAAGAGCCACUACAAUGUUUCGCUGGUUAGAGGACCGAUGACGAGCCCGAUAAACCCGGCGCAACUCGAGGCCACCGAGUUCGACUUUGGGAAGCCCGUAACACCACCUCUGCACCGCUCACGAAAGUCGGAAUCCUCUCUGUCCCACGUUCGAAAACCGAGUAACCUUGACAUGACACCAGCGAAAGAAUUCGAGCUCACGGCGCCUCCAUCGAGGGGCGAGGCAACGUCGCACACGGAUGAGAUGGAGACAUCAGACCUCCACUCUUCUGACGGUGAUGUAGAGUCGCACACAGAAGACACAAUGUCCGACCCGGAUCCGUAUGAGGGGAACUGGCUGCACGGGCCUGCGAAUGAGCUGGAGACGACGCCCAAGAACAACAAGGAGGUGCUUGAAGUGAGCAGUCGCGAACUGGUUCCCGUGAGCGACUCGUUGGGAGGACUUUGGGAUUGA